ACACGUUUUCACCUACAAACACACACAUACAACACAAACACACACACACACACACACACACACACACACACAGUGCUAACGGGCAGAAGCAGUGAGGCAGCCAGCAGAGAUUCUGCCGACCAGCAGCCAUGACAGACACCGACUCUCUGAGCGAAGCACUAAAGGCAAUCACUGUGACUACAGAGCUGAUUGACGAGGAGCUCAAGCCUCAUUUGGACACAGUGCUGGCUUCUCUCCUGGACAAGAAGAAGGAUGCUGCUGUUGAGAUUGUCAGAAGUGGGAUUCUACCAACGCUGGCUCAGGCUUUACGGAGCAAAAGCGUCCUGAGCUGCCAGGUGGCUCUGGUGGUGGCGGAGAUGGCCAGAGAAGCUGCAGUCAGGGAGCCGUGCAUCGAGGCAGGACUGGUGAAGGUGCUGGUUCCUCAUCUGAACAGCAACAACCAGGAGAUGCUGCUGAACACCGGCCGGGCCAUCGGACGCAUCUGCUUCGACAACUCGUACCAACAGGACCAGUUAGUCCAGAGUGGUGUCAUCCCCAGACUGAUAUCCAUCAUCAGGGAGUAUCCACAGAACGACCCGCUGGUCAACGUCUGCCUGCUGGCCCUCUGUAACCUGGCUGACAUGGACUCGGCGAGGGAAGCCCUGGCGGCGCUGGACGUGGCGGACGUGCUGACGUUUCAGCUGAGACGGGCGCCUGACGGCGAACGCAGACAUGUCAUCCUAGAAAUCCUGGGCUCGCUGGGUGAGAGCGACACACUGAAGCUGCAGUUUGCAGAGUCUGGAGUACCAGAGGCUUUAUCGGAGAUGAUCCGGACCCUGCAGGGAGGUUCAGACCCCCAUGAUCUCUGCAGCAUCAAGAUCGCCUCCAACCUCAUCGUGUCUCUGCUCUUAGGAGAUGAGUCCAUGCAGAAGUGUUUCGGUGAGGGAUCCGGUCUGGUGUACCAGGAUGUUCUGUCCUGGCUGCAGAGCUCCAACACACAGCUGCAGCUCUCCGGAGCCCUGGCCAUCGCCAACUUUGCCAGAAACGACAGUAACUGUGUGAAGAUGUUGGACCUGGGCGUGGUUCCUCACAUCCUGACGCUGCUGGAGCAGCAUGUCGACGAGGGGGACGUGUCCGUCCAACAUGCUGGACUGAGCGCGCUCAGAAACCUGGCCAUCCCUGCCACCAACAAAGUCCAGAUGCUGGAGGACGGAGUGACCGAGAGGAUCAAGACCCUGCUGCGCUCUGACAUGCCGCCAGUUCAGUUCAAACUGCUGGGAACGCUCCGCAUGAUGGUGGACGGACAAGAGGAGGCAGCGCUGGUCCUGGGGAGGGACGCCGUGCUGCUGGCUCGGGUCAUGGAGUGGUGCGAAGCCAAAGACCACGCAGGAGUCCGAGGGGAGGCCAGCCGCCUCCUGGCGGCGCUCAUCAGACACAGCCGAAGCCCCGAAGUUGUCCACGCUGUAGCCAAAGCAGAUGGGGUUCGGCACCUAAUCUCCAUGGCAACGAGCGAACAUGUCAUCAUGCAGAACGAGGCCCUGGUCGCCCUGGCGAUAGCGUCUGCCAUUGACAUUGAGUCGAUGAAGGAUCCGGUCCUGGAGGCGGAGCUGCUGCCCAUGCUGAAGAAGAUGUUGGAGGAUCCAGUCGGGGCCGUUGAAGUCAAGUUCAGUGCUUUAGGUCUCAUCUGCAGCCUGGCCAACUCCAGUGUGAUGAAGGUGGAGUUGAACUCUGUGAAUAUGAAGGAAAGCAUCAGUAAACUGACGGAUCACAGCAGCAGUAAACUGGCCUCUCAGGCCGGCUCCAUACUGGCCAGUCUGGGGGACAGCAGCUAAACCAGCACCACCACCACCAGAGGAUCUCACU